GCAUUACUAAAUAGUUUCCGUGCGUGUACGGUACACAUCUAUCGCAAGAUGCUAAACAUUGCCAAGGCAUUACUUGCACUCUUGCUACUGCAAAUUAGAGUAGAUGCUUCAUUAGCCAAAGCACCGUCGCCACAGUACAACAAUGCAACACUUAAACUCUCGCGGGGCAUACAAAUGGCAGCAUACAUGAAUGUGAAGGCAAAUCCGUGCGAUGAUUUCUACAGCUGGGCCUGUGGACGUUGGCCACUUAAUCAUCCAGCGACACAAUCGAAACGAAAAACAUCAUUCAUAGGACUGUUGGAAGAUUUGUAUGUCAGUAAAUGUGCGCAAGCGCUACAGCAGCCCAUUAGUAGUAACGGCGCAGCUGCGACUGAUAUAUAUUUGGAUAAUUUGUUGAAAACGGUAUUCGAUUCAUGUCAGGGCAUUCAGUCAAUAAAUAUCGUGGGCUACGCGCCUAUUUGGGAUACUUUGGAGCUGCAUGGCGGUUGGCCACUCAUAACUGACGGCGAGUGGUUUGAAACCGAAUUUGACUGGCUGAGAUCGGUGGUGCUGGCGAAACGCAAAUUCAAUGCUGAUGUUUUUAUUGGCUUCAAAGUGGUGAAAGACUUGCAAAACUCGGAAACGAAUCGCAUACAAUUAGGCGCACCGCAGCUAACGUUGGAGAAUCCCGCUGAGCAACGCAAGUAUAUAGCGGGCAAGUUGGCGCGCUUCUUUCCCGAAAUGUCAAACGCUUGGUCACAGGAAAUCGCAUCGCAGGUAAUUCAAGUCGAAGAGCAAUUGGCCAGGGCAGUGUCAAAUGCCAGCAGCGAAGAUACGCCUCUUGACCGAUACGUUGCCGAACUAAAGGUGUCUUAUGGCAAUUUCGUGGAUUUGAGUCGUUACCUCCAACUCAUGUUUGAUCAUUCAAUUAACGAGAAGGUCUACGAAACACCAAAAGGUUACUUCAAGAACCUAGUUGAUAUCAUCAGACUAACACCCAAACUGACGCUGGCUAAUUAUACAAUCUGGAAGGUUUUGGAUCAAUUCGAUCUGGGUGGCAGCAAGCAUUUCUGCGUGCGUAAACUUAUGGAACUUCUGCCACAAGAGCUCGAAUAUUUUUUCUAUCGCAAUUACGAAGACUCGCAGCUGUUCGUGGAGGUACAGACCCUAUUUCACAAUCUAAAAUACAACCUUUAUGAUGAAAUUCAAACUUCGCCCAGCUUCAAUUGGAUAUCGCCGCCAACACUGCACAGCUUAAGAGAAAAGCUGAGAUCUAUGCGCAUGGAAGUUUUGCAGCCGCAGGAUAAGGUUAGCCUCUUCCAAGGUGGAAUUAAACCCGCCGACAUGCAAGUCGAUCAGUACUACAGCAACCUUAUCAAUCUAUUGGAGUGGCAGAAUGAGAAGCAGCUAUUGAAAUUGCAUCAGGCCGCCUCGCUGCUUAGUGCGCCACAAAGUAGCACACACUACGAACAGAAAUUGCUGCCCGCUUACAAUGCGCGCACGAAUACCAUACAAUUCCCAGUGAUGUCCUUACAAAAGCGCUUCUUCUGGGACCCCGCCUAUCCUAUGGCCAUCAAGCACGGCACAUUCGGGUUCAUUCUGGCGCAACAAAUUGUACGUGGCCUAAGUGAAGAUAAUAGCGAAAAUGACGAACAUAAAUUGUGGGAUGUUGCCUCUGAAUUGGCGCUCGCUAAGCGUACCAGCUGUUAUGCGCAGCAGGCGCCUUAUGCUGCAAAGGAGUUUCACGGCAGAAAUGUGACUGAUCGCGAGCGGCUGAAGAAGGCACUCAUCGAUAACGGUGGCCUUUCGAUAGCUUACCGCUUAUAUGAGAAGUGGGCACGCGGCCGACACGAGCGUGAGCUAGACGUGCUCCCACGACUAUCGGUGACGCACAGGCAGCAGUUUUUCCUUGCCUAUGCGCAGCUGUUCUGUGCGACGGACUAUGAAGAUGUAACGCAGUACGAGAAUCUACCGGAAGCGUUGCGCGUAAAUGGUGCGGCAACGAAUUUGGAAGAGUUUGCAAAGGAAUUUCAAUGCAGUGACGAGAGUAAACUGAAGCCAAAAGACAAAUGUGUUAUUUUUUAG